AUGUCAAGAAAAUUACAUUCAAGUUUUCUUAAUGAAAAUGAGGAAGUUUCCUCGUUUUUCGGUAAUCGCACAGCGAUAAGUCCAGACAGUCAACAAAUUGUUACUUUUAGUCUAGAAUGUGAAAUCUAUCGAACACCUACAAUUAUGACAGUCUUAGAUCUUAAAUGGCCAGCUGACCUCAUGCUUAUUGUCGUAUUUGCAUUUGGUUACGCUAUGUUCAUUCUUCUUAAUCAUGCGGAUGACUUACAAAUUCCUACUUAUAAAAUUAAAGACAUUUCGAAUUCAGAUUUUUACUCAAAUAUAACAAUUUAUCAGAAUGUUGAUAAAUCUUCCCGACUUGAUAACUUUUAUCAACAUUUCAUCUCAUCGAAAGAAGCUGUAUUCUUUUGGACUAAUGGACGAUGGGAUCAAAAAACCAAUGGGAUAGUUACGCUUGAUGAAUUUGAUGGGGCAAAUAAAAAAAGCUUUAAAGAAACUCUUAGAAGUCGUGCUAAAAUUAUCGCUAAAUAUGAAGCUUUAGAACACUUUUUUGAUAGAAAAAGCGAUAACCUUCGAUACAUUUAUUAUAUCCCUAAUCCUGAUAAGAUCGUUGCCUGGCUUACGGAAACUGAAAAUGAUGAGAAACAAAAAUCACGUCUUAUGAAAACUACGGAUCCGGACCAUAUUAAAAUCAAAAGUCUUGAUAAAAUUUCAUUUAUUGAUGAAGAAAUUUUUUCGUUCGAAGUUGUUACUACCAAAAUGAACAAGAAAUCACAAAGAAGCAAAUUAUUGAAGAAUUUCGGUUAUAAUAAUUCAUGUAAUGAACCUUCAUCCGAAGGUGAUCAAUUAUCAAUGCGAGUGAGAUUUAAUAGCCUGAACAAAAUUUAA